AUGACACUUGCUGUUCGAGGUGUAUUGUCCGAUCGAUCAAGUCAGCUCAAGCCAGCCUCUGCCAUUCAACACAUGGAUUCGCCAUCCAUCUCCAAACCAAGGCAGUUCCAACCAGCUCAUAGCUUUCCAAAGACUCCCAAACCACCCGUCAGAUUUAAUCUAGACAAACUAUCCAAACUAUCCGGUUGGGAAAAGGUGGAACUUUUUCGAGACUUUGUUAAAAAUCAUAUGCCUUUGGAAGCACUUGCUGUUUAUGAACGACUUCGGGUCAACAAUAUCAUCCAUCAGUUGACUUAUCAGGACCACCAUGCCAUGUUUCAUUUGCUGCUUGCCAAUCCUGUGGUAAACCGCGAGCCAAUUGGCGAGAUUGUUGGAUACAUGAUACAGCGAAACAUGAAGCCAAGCGAGAGUUUUUGGAUGUCAUAUAUUCAUUGCUGUAGCCACAAGUGGAGAGAUAUGGAGCAUACCAUGUGGGCGUUUAAUCAAAUGCUGGAUAAUAAUAUCAAGGUGUCGACUGUUACAUGGAACGAUGUAUUGAACAUGCAUGCAUAUAAUCAAAAGGAUCUGCAGAUGCUCAUGGAGGGUGUCAAGAUUUGGGAGCGUAUGGAUAGUCAAGAGGUAGCAGCUCAACCGGAUCUAGAAACCUAUUUGUGCGUGAUGGAUCUAUAUGGUCGCUUGGCUCGCGUUACAGAUGCAGAAGGAAUCUAUCAGCGUGCUUUGAAUGAACUGUCAGAUCUGGUUCAUCGGUCUCGGCAGCUGACUGCAGUGAGUGAUAGACAAAAAAAGAAGCUAAUGGCAAUCAAGGUUGAACGGGACAUGGCAGUCAGACUGUUGAAUGGAAUGCUAGGUGUAUAUGCUCAUAGUGGACAUGUGGCCAAGGGGUUGAAGCUUGCCAAUGCGAUACUGCAGCACGGAGUCAUGAACGAUGUGGAUAUGACGUCUCAAUCUACCGCACAGUCAUUGUAUUCACUGUUGUUGAAGUUGUGUGUCCAGUCCAAGGAUCUCUCGAGCGCGCUCAAAUACAUGGACGAUGCUAAGCGACGAGGUGUUCGUGUUGAUGCGGUCAUGGUUGGUCGUCUUGUGCAUGUUCACGGGUUUUCUGGAGACCUGCAAGGUGCAAAGCAAGUGUUUGACGCAGCUCUUACCCAACUCCAACUGGACAAGCAAGGCAAUCGAUGGCAGGAUUUGCACACUGCGUAUCUCCAAGCGAUUGUGGUUUCUGGUGACAUUUCAAGUGCCAACAAGUGGUUUUUUGGCGAGUAUCAACAAGCGUUUCCUAAAGAAAAAAGACUUUUGCGCAUGGUAUACAAUCUGAUGAUUGAAGCCAACCGAGACAUUGGCAACAACGAUGUUGCAGACAAAAUUGCUUGUGAAAUGCAAGCUGCAUAUCGUGUCGAGAUUCCAAAAACAGUAUGCCAUAAAGCUGGCACGGAUAUCUAA